AUGCCCGCCAUCGAUACCAUAUGUGAGGACACAGAGUGCACAGCGUCCAAGUUGCUUGCUGCUUUGGGGCGUUCCAUACAGGACGGUGGUCAGGCGCCCUUCUCCAUUAACUUCACCAUGGUUGACGAGUGGGUGCCGCCCCCUUUCACGCCCAUGGACGCA